AUGCCUCUCAAUAUCCUCAUCGUAGGCGCGGGUGUCUGUGGCCCGGCCCUCGCCAUGCUCCUGCAAAGCUCCGACCCCAGCUACAACAUCACCGUCGUGGAGCGCUCCGCCUCGCUACGGACAGCAGGGCAGCAAAUCGAUCUCAAAAGCCAGGGUAUCGAGGUCCUGAAGAAGAUGGGUCUCUUCGACACUAUCAAGGCACACUGCGUCGAAGAAACCGGCCUCGAGAUCUUGGACCCGAAGGCAAAGCCGAUUGCCUUCUUUGGCGUCAGUCCGUCUGGCGAGAGGCGGAUGGCUUUGACUUCCGAGUACGAGAUUAUGCGCGGCGAUGUGGUGAUGGAGCUUUAUGAGGCCAGUCUCAGACAGAAUGCCAAGCUGAAUGGGAAACUGGCUUAUGAGUUCGGCAAGACGAUCGAAGAACUCGCACAAGACGGCGACGAAGUGGACGUCACGUUCUCGGAUGGGGGAAAGUGCCGUUAUGACCUCGUCGUUGCCGCAGAUGGGCAAGCAUCUCGCACCAGACGUCUCGCCUUCGGCCAGGAUGCUAGUGACGCCGCCUUCAAGUCCCUCGGCAUCCACGCCGCGUACUUCAGCAUCCCACGGAUCGAAGGCGAGGGGGGGAAUGCAAAAACCUACAGUGCUCCCGGGAGCCGGAUGAUGUUUACGCGGACCAGCAAUCGCCCGGUGACUCAAGUCCUGCUCUUCAUCAUGAAGGAUGUUGAAGAGUUGAGCAAGUCAUACAAACAGCCGGUGGAGAAGCAGAAGGAGGCGUUCGCGGAAGCGUUCAGGGACGCUGGCUGGCAGUCUGACCGCUUCCUGAGUGAAAUGAAGACGUGUGACGACUUUUACGCGCACGAGGUUGGGCAGAUCAAGAUGGGUCGUCUCUACAAUGGCUGCGUGGUGCUCCUUGGCGACGCGGGCUAUUGCCCAAGCCCCUUCACGGGUAUGGGGGCCACAGGCUGCCUUGUCGGCGCGUAUGUGCUUGCUGGGGCACUGGCAACACACAAGAACGACAUCGUUGGCGCGUUGAAGGCAUACGAAGAUGUAGCCAGGCCUCCGGUCGAAGAGUUCCAGACGCUGCGUGGUCCACCGCUUGGGGCUUUGUUUCCAUCCUCCCAACUGGGCAUUUGGGUUUUGCGCAACGCAAUGUGGGCUGUAUCCAAGCUCGAGCAGAUGACGCACCGGUCGCCUGCUCAGAACGCUCAGGGGUGGAAGCUCCCAGAGUAUGCCGAGUUGAACCUCCAAGCAUGA